UUUUGGAAGAAAAGAAAACGGAAAGUGAGGAAAAGGUCUAAAGGUGAAAGACAUCCAUUGUUGGCCCUCUCUCAGCCGCGACUGUGGCCUCACUACGUAUAUGGUAUAUAGCAUCUCUCCUCCGUUGCGCUAGAACCGAGCAGCCGCCGUUAUAACAUUGCCGUUCAGCAAGGUAAACAUUCGGCCUGUUUUCUCUGGAGUUAUAGUUAGUUUGGUCUUUCGAGAUACACAAAUAGUCAAAAGGUGCAAAAUGCAUCCUCCUCUGACAAUUCACAGGCAUCCAAUGUGUGCUGAGAUCAUUGAGCUUUUCCAGAAGUGCCAUACAGAUCAUCCUCUUGGGAAGUUUUUUGGUGAAUGCACAGAUUUAAAAAUUAAGCUUGAUAAAUGUUUUCGGCAAGAGAAAGCCCUGAAGAGGAAGGCAAAUUUUGAGGAAAGUAAAAAACUAAAAGAGAGAUUGAGAGAAUACAGGAUUCAAAAUUCAGAAACAAUGGAUUAAGAAGAGCUUUACAUAAACUCUUAACUUAAAACUAGUUGUGGCUACUAGAAAAGUUGCUAAUUCUUCAUAUAAGGGCCUCAUGCACAGGUUGAAUGCUGCAUCAGUCAUCUGCAAGAUGGGGUCAUUCCUUGUAUACAGCCUGGUAUGUGCUCAAUAUCGUAUUUUGCCACUGAGUAGAGAGUGGUGAGACACAGCAUGAGAAAAAACAUAUUUCUAUAUUUUCGACUGUGGAAAAUACUUUAUUUGGCAUCUAGUAGCAUUUAUGUAGUGAUUCUGUUUGCUGAGAAAAUAGAAAUAAAGUAGUAUUCAUUUAGUUGUCAACAUAUCAUGAAACUAAUACUAUCUAACUUGUGGUAGUAUAUGUUGAGAUGGAGCGUCUGCUUUCCUUCUAGUGCAGCAAGUUGUCUUCCUGUUAUUUCACUAUGGCAAUAUCUUGGUUUUCUAAUAUUUAGGGCUCAUUUGAUGAAGGGCUUUUUCCAUA